AGUUUGCGAUGAAAACGAAGCGAGGCUGGAGACAAACUUCUCCAAAUGAAUCUUUUUACAUUAAUACUUAUCUCGGGAUGUUUAAUUUUGGGAAUAAAUUCUCAAAAUCAAAGCAAAGAUUUUAGUGAAAAGCUAACUUAUUCAGAGCCAGAAGUUUGUGCGAAAGCUGGAUGUGUUCGUGGAAAAGUUGAAAGUGGACGAUUAAAGCCCUAUGAUGCUUUCUACGGGAUUCCUUAUGCUGAACCUCCAGUUGGGAAGCUCAGAUUCGAGAGUCCUGUUCCCUAUGCAGGAUGGUCAGGAUACUGGAAUGCUACCUACCCCAGGGAUUCCUGUACUCAACGGAGUACUAACUUUCCCAAUUCAGAAGAUUGUUUGUAUUUAAACAUUUACCGGCCAAUUCACAGACUCAAGGAUAAAAAACUACCAGUAAUGGUUUGGAUUCAUGGAGGAUCAUUCAUAAGUUUCUCAGGAAGUCCUGAUUUCUUUGGACCUGAAUAUCUAAUGGACAAUGGGGAAGUUAUCGUAGUAACCCUUAACUACAGACUUGGCAUUUUUGGUUUUCUCUGUUCAGGAGAUGAAGCGGUUAAAGGAAAUUUCGGACUUAAGGAUCAACAGUUAGCCUUACAAUGGGUGGCUUCAAACAUUGAGUCUUUUGGUGGAGACCAGAACUCUAUAACCCUAGCUGGCCAUAGUUCAGGAGCAGCUACUGUUCAUCUACAAAUGAUGAAUUCAAAUUCUCAAGCCCUGUUUCAUCGCGUUAUUUUAAUGAGCGGUUCAGCUCUGGGUCCAUUUAUGUACCCAAUUGAUUUUCCUGCCCAAUUCAGGCUAGUAGCUAAAAGUUCAGGCUUAAGUAAUUGGGAUACAGACUCAAAGUCCAGCUUAGCAAAAGGCCUCAAAAAUAUCGAAGCGUCGACAUUGCUGACAGCUAUGGACGACUUAUUUGUUCUUGAUUCAAUACCUGCAACACCACUACGUCCUUGCGUUGAAGGAAACUGGGAGGGUGCAUUUAUGACGGAAGAUCCUAGAAAGGGUCCUUAUAGUUUUGUCGAACUCCUAACAGGGAAGGAUCUAAAUCUAGGAGUUGGACACCUAGAUAACAUUCUCUAUCUCUUCACAAUAAAAAUUCUAUUUCCACCAUUUGAAGAGAAUACAACUGAGUCUAAGAUGGUUGACAUUUACGAAUAUUAG